UUCUUGAGUGGCAUAACUUAAGUAAAAACGUGAGAAAAUGUUCAAGUUUGUCAUCAUUGCUUCACUUGCUGCAGUAGCUUUUGCUAGUGAACUUCCAACCCCUCAUGAUUUCAUCAACGGAGUCUAUAACCUGGAAAAUGAACUAGGGAUCACCGAAUAUCUUGAAAGUUUCGUUGUUGGCGGGAAUACGGCUUCUCCUGGUCAAUUCCCCUAUCAAGCCUCACUUAGAACCAGUGGCAAUGCACACUUCUGUGGCGGAAUCCUGGCUAAUAACCGAUGGGUUGUAUCUGCAGCCCACUGCACAGUUGGUCGUACCCCUGGCGGCACAAUUGUCGUCCUAGGCGCUCACUCAAGAACAACUGGAGGUUCAUCGUUUCCACUGACCCGAAUUGUGAAUCAUCAACAGUACAACCCAACUACAAUUGCUAAUGAUGUUUCUGUUGUGCAAACUACCAAUGCAAUUGUCUUCAACAACCUUAUUCAACCUAUUCCUCUGGGGUCCGCUUUUGUCGGUGGUGGUGUUACCGCUGUGUUAUCAGGAUGGGGCCUUACUUCCAGUCCUGGAAGCUUAGCAGCCAAUCUUCAAUUCCUUCACGUACAAACUUUGACCAAUGCCAAUUGUAGAAACAACAUUGGAGGAAAUGGACAUAUGGUCUUUGACCACAAAAUCUGUGCUGGAGGAGUUGUCGGACAAGGAGCCUGUACGGCUGAUUCUGGUGGACCUUUGGCAGCUGGUAACACCGCUAUUGGCAUUGUUUCCUGGGGCAUACCCUGCGCUCGUGGUUUCCCAGAUGUCUAUGAUCGAGUAUCAUCCCACCGCAACUGGAUAAUUGGACAAUUCUAAGAAAAGGAUAACCGACCCUCCAAGGCUUUACAUAUCAAGACAGAGCUUCGCUUCUGGUAUGAAAAUGCCUCGAUAAAGCAAACCAUGUCAAAUUACGAUAACAAAAUACCCGCAAAUACUUAUCAAUUAUACGUAAUUACCUUUGAAACAAUUACAAUGAUUCAGCUAUAAAACUAAACGUGUUUUUCUUAAAUAUCCUGGCUUCAAAAUCCACGUUUUUCCCCCUUGAAUUUGAUUAAUUUUAAUCCCCUAUCAUUAGCCAUAUAUUUCAAUUUGCAUUAAAAAUACAAUUAAAAACGAAAAGAAGCAAAGGAAAAAAAGAAGAAAAUACGAAAAACACUACUGAAAUUAAAUAAAUC